AUGCCUUGUACUGGUAAAUGUGAUGACCACUGGAACUAUGACCAUCCAUCGAAAUGGCCCAAACACUUUCCGGCUGCCGGCGGUUUGUGCCAAUCGCCGAUUGAUAUCAAGCCGCACAAAACCGUCGCCCAGUCGUAUUCACAAUUUGUAUUUUCUCCCAAAUACUACACGGAUGGAGUCUUGUUUACGCUGACGAAUAAUGGUCAUCAAGUUGCCGUCACACUGACUGAAAGCACUGGCAAACAAAAUCAUACAGAUCUAUCGUUUACCGGCGGCGGUCUAACAGGAACAUUCCAUUUCGUUAAUUUUCAUUUGCACUGGGGUAAAAAUGAUAGGCACGGAUCUGAACAUGAAAUUGACGGGAAAACUUUUCCAGCCGAAGCACAUUUCGUUCAUAGGAAUUAUGAAACAGAUCAAGUAGCAGUAUUCGCAUUUUUCUUCACUAUUGCUGGCCAAUCGAAGAACGAAAAUACUGAAUGGAAAAAGUAUACCGAUGUCGCAAGUCAGUUGAUUAAAAUAAAUGACACCGCCAACUGCACGUUCAAUUUAAAUCAUCUUAUGCAAACUGAUAGCAGACAAUUUUUUCGUUACAUGGGCAGUUUGACAACGCCCCCGUGCACGGAGGGUAUCAUAUGGACAAUAUUCUCAAGUGAAAUUCCAAUCAAAGAAGAAAGUUUAAAUCUUCUUCGCGACAAUGUCAUGCGAAAAGUUUAUCGGCCGGUGCAACCAAUAAAUGAUAGAAUUGUUUUCCGAAAUUAUCAAACUUGA